UUGAUCAAAAACAAAUUAAUCCGUGUCUAGUUUCCCAAAGUACAACAAUGUCAGGGAUUUUCAAGCAAUUCCUGGCUCCACUGCUUGCUGGUUUUGCUCUUAUGCUCUUAGUUCAUGCGCAGGAUCAAACAGGCUUCAUCAGCAUAGAUUGCGGCCUUGCGGAGAAUUCCACCUAUUCUGAAAAGAUAACAACCAUCGACUACAUUUCAGAUGCAACCUUCAUAGACACUGGUGAAAGAAAGUUGGUAUUGCCUGAAAACAGAAACGGCUACCAACAACCUUACUGGUCUCUUAGGAGCUUUCCUCAAGGAACCAGGAACUGCUACAAAAUAAAUGUUAAAAGUGGCACCAGAUACUUGAUCAGAGCCAGUUUCUUUUAUGGGAACUAUGAUGGAGAAAACAAAUUGCCAGAGUUUGAACUACAUCUUGGAUCUAAUUUGUGGGACUUGGUCAGUCUGGAAGAUGCAUCCAGUUCCACAAGCAAGGAGCUCAUACAUUUUGUCCCAGCUAAGAGAAGCUAUCUACAUGUUUGUGUUGUGGAUACAGGCUCCGGGGUUCCAUUUAUAUCAAAAAUAGAACUGAGGCCUUUGCCAUAUACAACUUAUCAAACAGAAACAGGGUCCUUAGGACUUUAUGUGCGGCUUGACACUGGUCAAUCACCAUCGAAUUAUACAGAAUAUAGGUUUCCAGUUGAUAUUCAUGAUCGAUUGUGGCAUAACUAUGCCCAAAGUGAUUGGACACAAAUUAGUACCUUAUCCACCACAUUCAAGUCUGCACCUGAUAAUGAUUACAACCCACCAUCUAUUGUAAUGCGUACAGCUGCCACACCGAAACUUGAAAGUGAUAACUUGAGUUUCUACUGGCUGCCUACUGAUCCAAGUGCAGAAUUUUAUUUAUACAUGCACUUUUCAGAAGUUGUAGAGCUCCAAGCCAACCAGUCUAGACAGCUUGAUAUUACUUGGAAUGGAGAGCACUACUAUGGGCCAUUUGUUCCUAAUUUCUUCGACACCACAACGGUUUUGAGUACUAAAGCUUUGACUGGAGGAAAAUAUAAUUUUUCAAUCUCAAACCCAGAUGGGAACUCCGUCCUUCAACCCAUCCUCAAUGGAAUCGAGAUCUACCAGCUAAAAGAAUUCUUACAAAUAGAAACGAAACAAGAAGAUGUUGAUGCAAUCACAAACAUUAAGUCAACCUAUACCAUUGAGAAGAAUUGGCAAGGAGAUCCAUGUUCCCCCAAGAACUACUUAUGGGAAGGUCUAAAAUGUAGCUAUCCUACAAAUGAGUCCCCAAGAAUCAUAUCAUUGGACUUGUCCUCGAGUGAAUUAACUGGGGAGACAGCUCUUUCUUUAUCCAAUCUAUCAAUGAUACAGUCUUUGGAUCUAUCAAACAACAACUUAACAGGACCACUUCCAGAUUUUUUGUCUCAGCUACCAAACUUAACCAUCAUAAACUUGGAGAACAACAAGCUCACAGGCUCAGUUCCAGUCGGACUUAUUGAAAGAAGGAGGAAUGGUUUACUAUCAUUAAGUUUGUGUGGAAAUCCAAAUCUAUCUGGAAAUUCUUCUUGCAAAAAGAAGAAGAACAAUUUCAUUAUACCCAUAGUAGGAUCCGUCGUUGGAAUUUUUUGCCUCUUAUCUGUAGCAGUAAUCUGCUGGUGCUUGAAAAGAAAAAGAGAAGAUGGAGCUGCCAUAUAUGAAAAACCCCACUUUCCGUCACUGGAACUGGAGCAAAAAAACCGACAGUUUACAUACUGUGAGAUCCUCAAGUUCACUAACAAUUUGGAGAGGACUCUUGGAAAAGGUGGAUUUGGAACAGUUUACCAUGGAUAUAUUGACAAACUUCAAGUAGCUGUCAAGAUGCUUUCUCCAUCAUCAAUUCAAGGGUUCCAAGAAUUUCAUGCAGAGGUUAAUCUUCUUUUGAGAGUUCAUCACACGAACUUGACAAGCCUUGUUGGAUAUUGCAAUGAUGAAAACAAUAUGGGGCUCGUCUAUGAGUACAUGGCCAAUGGAAACUUACAAGAACAUCUUUCAGAUAGCAGUACAAAUAUUUUGGGCUGGGAAGAUAGGCUUAGAAUAGCAGCAGAUGCCGCACAAGGAUUGGAGUAUCUGCACUAUGGUUGUAAGCCACCUAUAAUUCACAGGGAUGUGAAAUCAGCAAACAUCUUGUUAACUGAGAACUUCCAAGCCAAAGUAUCUGAUUUUGGCCUAUCCAGAAAUUUCCCUACAGAUGGUGGGACUCAUAUAUCGACAGUUGUUGCUGGAACUCCCGGGUAUCUUGACCCUGAGUACUACUUAACAAGCAGGUUAAACGAGAAAAGUGAUACUUAUAGCUUUGGGAUUGUGCUGUUGGAGAUUAUCACAAGUCGACCUGUUAUAACAGGAACGCUUGAGAGGAUUCACAUUAGCCAAUGGGUUGGUUUCAUGCUUGCGCAGGGUGACAUUAACAGUAUUGUUGAUCCGAGAUUAGAGAGAAAUUUCAAUGUCAACUCCGUCUGGAAAGUUGUGGAGAUAGCAAUGGCAUGCGUGUCUCCAAACGCCACCAAAAGGCCAAUGAUGAGUCAGGUACUGAUGGAACUGAAGGAGUGCAUGGCUACGGAAGAACUGUCUCAGAAAAAGCAGAUGGAAUAUGAAACUGAAUUAGGAGAACCAGUUGAGAUGGUGUCUCUAAAUGAUUCUAUCAGAAUGCUACGUCCAUCAGUUAGGUAG